CUACCCUUGUGCUCUGCCGGACAUGCCAGAACACACGUUCCCGGCGCGUACAUCUUCGAACUCGACCAUGAGCAGGAUACUUCCGAUUUCUACGCCACUCUCGGCAGCGAGGGCACGACGCGUCUGAAGCUCGACUAUACGCUCUUCAAGGGCGUGUCCGUCCAGCUCGACGACGUGGACAAUGCCGAGGCCAAGGCGUCCGUCAUGGCGUCCGCCCCGGCCGUCAAGAACGUCUGGCCCGUCGAGUUGUACGACCGCCCCAACCCCAAGAAGAGCUGGGCCGGCACCCCGUCCAGGACCCCUGCCCUGUCCAAGAGGGACAACACGUCCGACACGUACUCGCCCCAUGUAAUGACUCAGAUUGACAAGCUGCAUGGUCAGGGCAUCACCGGCAAGGGCAUCAAGAUCGCCGUCGUCGACACUGGUAUUGAUUACACCCAUCCAGCUCUGGGCGGCUGCUUCGGUGAGGGAUGCCUGGUCUCCUUCGGCACCGAUCUCGUCGGUGACGCGUACAACGGAUACAACGAGCACUACCCCGACGACGACCCAAUGGACUGCGACGGCCACGGCACCCACGUCGCGGGCAUCAUUGCCGCCCAGGAGAACAGUUACGGCUUCAAGGGCGCUGCGCCCGACGCCAACCUCGGUAUCUACAAGGUAUUCGGGUGCGAGGGCAACGUCGCCAACGACGUGCUCAUCGCCGCCUUCAACCAGGCCUACGAGGACGGUGCCGACAUCAUCACGUCCUCCAUCGGCGGCCCUAGCGGGUGGUCCGAUGAGGCGUGGUCCAAGGCCGUGUCCGCGAUUGUCGACAAGGGCGUGCCUUGUACCAUCUCGGCCGGAAACGACGGCGACGCAGGCCUCUUCUUCGCCUCGACGGCCGCCAACGGCAUCAACGUCGCCUCCAUCGCCUCGUACGACAACAUCCUGACUCCCACGUUCCUGUACAUCUCCGAAGCCAGCGUUGACGGCGGCGACGCCGAGGAGUUUGGAUACGCCCCUGCCAGCCUGUAUGCUUGGGACGGUGUCAGCCUGCCCCUGUGGGCGCCCGAGUUCGACACGUCCAUUGCCAACGGUGGCUGCGACGCCUACCCGGAUGACACGCCCGACCUGAGCGGGUCCAUCGUCCUCGUCCGCCGCGGCACCUGCACCUUCGUCCAGAAGGCCCAGAAUGCCGUCGCUCACGGCGCCAAGUACCUCAUCGUGUACAACAAUGUUGCCGGAGCCAGCGAGAUGGACCUGAGCACCGCGUCCGGUAUCGAGGCCGGAGCCAUGGUCACCCCCGACAUCGGCGUCAAGUGGAUCAACCUCCUCAAGGAUGGCUCUGAAAUCGUGCUCAACAUGACGGGCCCCGACAACGCCGAGUCCACCGUCACCUCCCCCCCCAACAACGUGACCGGUGGAGCCCUCAGCACUUACACGACUUGGGGCCCCACCUGGGACCUCAAGGAGGUCAACCCGUCCUUUGGGUCCCCGGGGGGAGACAUUCUGUCCACGUACCCCGUCGACAAGGGCGGUUUCGCCGUGCUAUCAGGCACCUCGAUGGCCUGCCCUCUUGUGGCCGGUGCGUUUGCCCUAUUCGCCGAAGCCCGUGGCACGCUGGAGCCGGAGGUGGUGCGCAACGCCUUCUCGGCUGAGGCCAAGGCCCAGCUUUUCAACGACGGCACAUCCUUCUACUCGUUCAUGGCGCCCGUCCCGCAGCAGGGAUCCGGUAUCAUCCAGGCAUACGACGCCGUUCACACCAAGACGUCUGUCGUGCCCGGGAGCCUGUCGUUCGGCAUUACCUCCGACCUGACCGAGUCGCUCAACUUCACCCUCAGCAACGACGGUGACGAGGACAUCACCUACUCCAUCUCCCAUAUCCCCACCGUCACCAUGUACACUCUCAACCCAGGAUCCAUCUACCCUGCGGCCUUCCCCAACGAGCCCGUCAACAGCGCUGCGACCCUGGCCUUCAGCGAGACCAAGGUCCUCGUUGCCGCCGGCGAUUCUGUUGUGCUCCAGGUCGUUCCUACCCCGCCCAAGGCCGUCGUCGCCUCCCGUCUGCCCGUCUGGUCCGGCUGGGUAGCCGUCAACGCCUCCGACGGGUCCUCCCUGACCAUCCCGUACAACGGUGUUAGUGGAAAUUUCCUGGAUCAAAAGGUGCUCUCCUCGACGGCCGCCUGGGUGUCCAACUCAACGGAUAGCGAUCUCAACCCCCUCGACGACAACGUCACCUUCAUCCUGCCCCCCAAGGGAACAGAGAACACUGACCUAAGCAACUCGACCAUCCCCGCUGCUGUCGCCAAUCUCGCCCUUGGCUCUCCCCUGCUGCGUGCAGAUAUCAUUCCCGUUGGCCAGAACAAUGCUCCCACAACCACUGACAUCUUUGACACGCCCUUCAUCGGUCAACCGGAUGGCUUCCCUGUCAAGUUGAACCCGCGCUCCGCAAACACCGGCCCUUGGAGUGGCAGGUUGAGCACCGGAGAAUACGCCCCCGAGGGCCAAUACAAGUUUAUUCUGCGGGCGUUGCGUAUCGGCGGUGAUGCUUCCAAGAAGGCUGAUUGGGAUUCCGCUGAGACGACUACCUUUUCUAUCAAGUAUGCUCCUUAG